AUGCGCCUCAUCAAUUGCCAUACGCUCGAAUUCAAAGAUUUCGCAGAAAAUGGCCAUGUCCCCAACUACGCCAUCCUGUCUCACACAUGGGGCGAAGACGAGGUGACCUUCAAGGACUGGCAGGACACCGCGCUCAGGGAGGAGAAGAUCGGAUUCGAAAAGAUUCAAUCAACAUGCCGCCAGGCCCUCAUCGACGAGUACGGCUAUGCCUGGGUCGACACGAACUGCAUCGACAAGAGUAGUUCAGCCGAGCUUUCCGAGGCCAUCAACUCCAUGUUCGCCUGGUAUGAACGCGCCGCCGUCUGUUACGUCUACAUGGCCGACGUCCCUCCAUCUACACGGGACGAGAUCGAAAAAGAGGACAGCCAUUUCCGCAGGAGCAGAUGGUUCACCCGCGGCUGGACCCUGCAAGAGCUGAUAGCACCGCGCCAUGUUGUGUUCUACGCCCAGGAUUGGUCGUAUCUGGGAACCAAGAAGGACCUCGUCGGGGUCAUAUCCGCCAUCACGGCCAUCGACAAGGGUUGCCUAAAAGGCACGAGGCCUCACGAAUACAGCAUCGCGGAAAUCAUGUCCUGGGCGUCUGCUCGAGUCACCACGCGCGCCGAGGAUCAGGCUUAUUGUCUACUCGGUCUUUUUGGUGUCAACAUGCCGCUCCUGUACGGCGAGGGUAACAAGGCCUUCACGCGACUGCAAGAGAACAUCAUCGAGAUCUCAGACGAUCAAAGCAUAUUCGUCUGCGAUAUAGAAGCAUUGGCCAUGUGUGCUCCUCUCGCGAGCUCUGCGUAUCUAUUCGCAAAAUCCGGAAAUGUAGGGCGUUAUUCUCUCAUGACAGCCCCCAUGACGACUCUCCCGCCUUUCUACACUAUGACAAACGCCGGUCUCUCCAUCACUCUGCCCCUUAUACAAACACUCUUGCCUUACUUCGUCCUUGGAGUCCUCAACUCCACGGUGAAGAGUCACCGCGACAGCAACAUUUGCAUCAUGUUGUCAUCCCACGUCAGCCAGUAUCGGCAUCAGUACACAAAGGUUUCAAUGCCUAUGCCAUGGUUUCCAGUGGUACCGACCUCGAUCAAAAGUCUCCUCCCUCCCUAUGAGGAAAGCUCUAAGUACCCAGAGAACUGGGCGGUCGACUUCAUCCCGGAGGAGCCCACCCCGAUUAUGAUCUCAAAGAUGGACCGGUACGACCAUCACAAUCUGGUCUCAAAGAUUCUCUAUCCCGUGAAGCGCACGGAAUCCGAGGUUUUCUGCUUCAUCACGUUUCCCCGCGGGCUCGCAGGAUACCGGCUCUACGCAGCCGACCCGCCCCAAGCCUUAACUGAGCGCACCAGUAUGAUGGCCAUGCUCAGGCGGAACCCCGAAGACCGCGUAGGGCGGGGACUACUCAUUUUCAAACGAAGAGGCUCCCGCCGAGAGGAGAGUAGAUAUGUCGCGGUCUAUCUCGAAACAGCCGUCGAUGACAACGUCGACGCGGAGAACUGGCCGCGCAGGUGUCGUGUCUUUCCUGACUGGAGAAUCAUCGACACUCUGGAUGCUAUACCGCCGUUUGUUGAGAGCGACUAUCCGCCUCCUAAGGGACGCGCGAGUUGGGUUGGUGAUUUGAUGGCGACCGUGAGGACGGCAAUCCCGGUCGACUCUUCUCACAUGCCUCUGACGAAGGUCAUGAUGAUUGCUGAAAUCGUGUUUGAUAUGGACGAAUAUCGAGAUGCCAGGGGCCGUAAAGGCUCCAUUCAUCAGUCAUAUGACUCGCCACAUCACAGUCUCAUGUUGCAAGACUGGAAUGGGUUGGAAAUGGAGCAGAAGUUCUCCAUUGACAACAACGCAGAAAGCCCGUUUUACAGCCCGAGAUGGUCACAUGUAUCACGUUCCACAUCAUACAGCCCGGAUUACUCGCCCAAAAGCCCGAAAUUUGGAAGUUCACCUCUUGCGGACCCAAUGGUAGAAGAUUAG